AAAAUAACAGUAGGCAAAUAUCUUCUAUCUUAUAUUGCAUGUAAUGUUAUUUUUUUCCCACUUUCUUCAGACAUCUCGUGGUGAAUUUGACUCUAGUGAAUUUGAAGUUAGAAGACGUUAUCAAGAUUUCCUGUGGUUGAAGGGAAGACUUGAAGAAGCACAUCCCACUCUGAUUAUUCCUCCAUUGCCAGAAAAGUUUAUAGUAAAAGGAAUGGUGGAACGCUUCAAUGAUGACUUCAUUGAGACACGGAGAAAGGCAUUGCAUAAAUUUUUGAACCGAAUUGCUGAUCAUCCAACUUUAACAUUUAAUGAAGACUUCAAAGUUUUUCUUACUGCACAAGCGUGGGAACUCUCUUCUCACAAGAAGCAAGGGCCUGGAUUGCUAAGCCGGAUGGGGCAGACAGUCAGAGCUGUUGCAUCCUCAAUGAGAGGAGUUAAAAACCGCCCAGAAGAGUUCGUGGAUAUGAAUAACUUUAUUGAAACAUUUAACCAGAAAAUAAAUUUGAUUGAUAAAAUAUCUCAGAGAAUUUACAAGGAAGAAAGGGAAUAUUUUGAGGAAAUGAAAGAAUAUGGCCCAAUUCAUAUUCUGUGGUCGGCAUCAGAAGAGGAUCUGGUUGAUAGCCUAAAAGGUGUUGCCGGCUGCAUUGACAAAUGCUGUAAGGCCACUGAAAAACGGAUGUUUGGACUCUCAGAGACGCUGCUGCCUGUUGUACACGAGUAUGUGCUUUAUAGUGAAACGUUAAUGCUUACAGAAGAGAUUGGAAAACUUGAAGAUAAAGUAGAAUGUGCUAAUAAUGCCCUGAAAGCAGACUGGGAAAGAUGGAAACAAAAUAUGCAAAAUGAAAUCAAGUCAGCAUUUACGGAUAUGGCCGAGGAGAAUAUCAGCUAUUAUGAACAGUGCCUUGCUACAUGGGAAUCCUUCCUUACAUCACAGACUGACCUCCACUUGGAAGAAACCUCUGAAGAUAAAUCUUAAUCCCAUUGAGGACUUCUGUGUGAUCUUUGGGAGACAGCAUCUAUCAACCAAAGUUAUUCAUUCUGGAUGGACUGUGUCUGCCAUAAAGUGGAUGAAAAAAAGUUUUACACUAUCUGGAAAAUCAACAACUUGAAAACUCAGGUAUUCCAGGUCAUUGACAUGAAUUUGAAUAUAUAUAUAUAUAUUCAUAUAUAUAUAUAUAUA